AAUCCCCAAUUUCCCAGAACCCUAAAAUUUCUCUCUCUCAACACUUCGAAUUUCACAACCCAACUGUCCCAAUUAACAGUUGUCCCAACCUCCUCUUAUCCCCAAAAUUCCAUCUUCUCUUUUUUUUUGUGACUAAAAAAGUAAAAACCCUUAUUUUUUAAUUAUUAUUAUUAUUAUUAUUCCCAAAUCGAACCAAACAAAAUUUCAAAAAAUAAACCCUCCAAAAAUAGAAAAGACAAAGCCAAAAAAAUAAAAAUGGCAUCUAAGACGCUUCUUCCGAUAUCUAUGAAGAACAAAAGGGGUGCAAUUGCUUUGGAUCAUUCACCUCCAUUUUCCAUUUCUUCAAUUCCAAGUCGCACUCAUUCUUCUCCUUAUUCUUCUUCUUCUUCUUCAUCUGUUAAUGCAACGACAAUAAUGGUGGUGAAAGGAAUUGAAACCGAUGACGCUGCUGCAAGGCUCCUUCAACGUUCUUCAUCAGCAUCUUCUUCUUCUUCUUUAGAUGACGUCACCAACGUAAAGACCGUUAUGCCCUCCAAGCCAAACAUUCCAAAGGCGUCGAGCUUCAACAACGGUGGUCAGAAGAGGAGAAGGCGCAAUGCGAGUGAGGAUUCGUUUCCUUCGAUCUCCGAUGGUGGUGGUGGUGGCAAUGGCAAGGGAAAUGGAAAUGAAAUCAGAACCGUCGAUGGUGAUCGUCGCGGUGGUGGUGGUGGUGGUAGAAAGUUUUCGUCUUCUUCAAUUGGUGAGGAAGUUAGGCAUGUUGCAUCUGAAACAUUUCUAUUGACAAGGCUUUUCUUGACGAUGCUGGCAUACCUUGGGAUAGGCUACAAAUGGAUCAUACAAUUCCUUGCACUUGGUUGUUAUGCAGUUAUGAUUUUCCCAGGAGUUAUUCAAGUUGGUUAUUACUAUUUCUUCUCCAGUCAGAUACGCAGAAGCAUAGUAUACGGAGAUAAACCACGAAAUCGGCUUGACUUGUAUUUACCAAAAAAUAGCAAUGGUCCAAAACCAGUUGUCGCAUUUAUUACUGGUGGAGCCUGGAUUAUUGGCUACAAAGCAUGGGGUUCUCUUCUAGGAAAACAGUUAUCAGAGAGAGAUAUCAUUGUGGCAUGCAUUGAUUACAGAAAUUUUCCUCAGGGAACCAUGAGCGAUAUGCUAGCCGAUGCUUCCGAAGGAAUCUCAUUUGUGUGCAAUCACAUUGCAGAAUAUGGUGGUGACCCUAACAGAAUUUACCUAAUGGGGCAGUCAGCUGGGGCGCAUAUUGCCGCAUGUGCAAUUGUGGAGCAGGCAAUCAAAGAGGCCGCCAAAGAAGAGGGUAUUUCCUGGAGUCUUUCUCGGAUCAAGGCUUAUUUUGGAUUGUCCGGCGGGUAUAAUGUGUUUAAUCUGGUAGAUCAUUUCCAUAACAGAGGUCUCUAUCGUUCCAUAUUUUUAAGCAUAAUGGAAGGAGAGGAAGGCCUACGACGCUUUUCACCAGAAGUAAUGGUUCAAGAUCCAAACAUGGCAAAUGCUGUUUCUUUGCUACCUCCUAUUGUUCUUUUUCAUGGCACUGGAGAUUAUUCGAUACCAUCAGAUGCCAGUACAUCAUUUGCUGAAACUCUUAAAAAACUUGGAGUCAAAGCUGAAGCAAUUCUCUAUGAAGGGAAGACUCAUACAGAUGUGUUUCUUCAGGAUCCGAUGAGAGGUGGCACGGAUGCCAUGUUCGAAGAUCUUGUCAGCUACAUUCAUGCUAACGAUCCUGAUGCACGCGCCAAAGAUGCCUUGGCUCCUCCAAGGAGACGCCUCGUACCCGAAUUCAUGUUGAAAUUGGCUCAUAUUGUUAGUCCUUUCUAGCUAGCAAACAUUCAUUUGAUUAGUUUGUGUUUUCAUUUUGUUUUUAUUUCUAAUGUUUCCUGUUUUCAGGAUUUUGUGAAGGAAAAAAAUGAUUGUUUUCUGUUUUCACUCUUGUUUUCUCUUUUUUCUUCACAAAAUUCUAAAAGCAGAAAAUAUUAAAAAUAAAAAUAGAAAACGAAAACGCAAGCCGAAUGCACAACUUCCAUAGUUGAUUUUGUUCUCCCUUCUUUUGUAAAUAACCAUUGUUAUGACAACCUAGGUUGUUUCUCAAUUAGAUAGGAUUAGCUCCCUAUUGGUUUCAAGAUUAUUGAAACCCCCAAAUAUGAAAUAGUUGAGGGAAGAUUUCUAUAAUUCUAUCUUGUAACUUUAAUCCAAAUCAUAGUUAUCAUUUUGAGGAUUUAAUAUUUUGUUUCACUAACUGAAUCAAAUCUUUGAAGUGUUGUGUCUACUCA